AUGGAGUACCUCAGCAAGAUUAUGAAGAAAAUAGGUGAUACAGAAGGCUUCCAGUUUCAUGAAAGAUGUGGGGCUUUAAAUCUAAAUCAUUUGAGCUUUGCGGAUGAUGUAUUGUUAUUUUGUAGGGGUGAUUUCGAAAGUGUCUACUUAUUGCUAAGGGGCCUCAAAUUAUUCUCUAUGACCUCGGGAUUACAGCCUAAUAAGAAGAAGACUGCAAUUUAUUGUAGUGGUAUGAAUGAGAGUGAAACAAAAAGACUGGUAGAUGCCUCGGGAUUUCAGAAAAGUACCCUGCCUUUCAAGUAUCUCGGAGUACCCAUAUGUGCUAAAAAAAUUUCCUCAGCUGAAUGCUCUAUCCUAGUGGAGAAGAUGACUGCAAGAAUCAAAGUGUGGAGCUCCAAAAAUCUUUCUUUUGCUGGUCGAACUGUGUUAAUCAACUCAGUUAUAUUAUCCAUUCAUAUGUAUUGGAGCCAAGUUGUUAUUCUUCCCAAGAAGGUGAUUAAAGAGAUUGAGAGUAUUUGUAGAAGCUUUCUAUGGUCAGGGAGAAGCACUAUGAAUGGUCCAGGGAAUAUUGCUUGGGAGCAACUAUGCAAGUCCAAAAACGCUGGUGGAAUUGGUUUCCAAGACAUUGCCAAAUGGAAUCAAGCUGCAAUUGCAAAACAUGUGUGGGCGAUUGCUACUAAGAAGGAUAAUCUUUGGGUGAAGUGGGUGCAUAAUGUGUAUAUUGAAGAUGAAGAUUGGUGGGGGUAUGAGGCUCCCAUCCAUAGCAGCUGGUAUUGGAGAAGACUUGUGAGCAUAAAGGACCUGGUAAAGCAAAUUCUUCCUCCCAGCCAAUUUGUGGCAUCAGAUUUUCAAAUAUCUGGUGUAUAUCAACUUAUGAUGCAGGAAGAAAGAGACUUUCACCUCAGCAAGCAGAUUUGCACAAUACUGCCUUCAAGAACUGAAAACCUGGCUGGGAUGGAGGUCAGUCAGCACACUUUUGCCGAGUAUCUUGAGAGGAAUUAA